UGGAAAAAAGAAGAAACUGUCGGAAUGAUUUGGAAAUGUGUUGUUAAAACCGGUUAUGUUAUAUUUCAUUUGGACAAACGUGCUCAUUCAUUGAGCAAACUGCGUGUUAUUGUGCUCCCGACCCUCGGAGUUGUUUUGCAGUUUCUCUUCAUUAAGUCGGCGUGAUGGCAGCUUCCUUACCUCAGAAGACAGGAAUUGCUGGGAUGGGCCCCCAACAGCCUCACCUGCCCCAGAGCACUGUUUCAGCUCCAGGUCAGCCGCCUAUACCCCCCCAGGGAGCUCUGAGAGAGAUCUCCCCAGUAUUCCUCUGUCGCAUUGGACAGGAGACUGUCCAGGAUAUUGUCACACGCACUAUGGAGAUUUUUCAGCUCACACGAGCCACACAGCUCCCCAACGGUGUGAACCAGAGCCAGUCUAUGUACCAGGACCGCUUUAUGAAGCUCCAAGAACACCUACGGCAGCUCACCCUGCUCUUCCGAAAGCUACGACUUCUGUAUGAACGUUGUGUUGAGAUGACCUCUGACCUGCAGGAGGGACCAACUGAGCUGGUGCCAUAUGUGGGAGAGGAGACGGCCUCUGUCAGAGUGGAGCCAAGCAGUUCCGCUGCCAUUCAGGAGAGGAAAGAAGUUCUGGAGAAGGUACGUCAGAAGAACAAGGAGAUGAAGAUUCUGAUGGAUCAGAUGAGGAACCUGCUGUGGGACAUCAAUGCUAUGCUGACACUCAGGAAAUAGUAAGGCUGCAGAUCCAGUGCCUCCUCAGGAACACAGAUGGCCUGACGGCAAAGACCAGGUGGACUUUGGGAUCUUCUGUUGGAUUUUCGGUAUAAACCUAAGGUCACUUAUCGUAACUCUGCCAGUAACUACACACUGAUCGGAUGACGGGAAUAACAAUUGCCCUCAUGAUCUUCCGUUUCUUCUAAAUGAUCAUAGGUCCAAACUUAAGAUCAAACUUUUGGCAGCUAUGUACGUAUCUCAGGUCCUUUGUGCAUGUGUGAUGAAGUUAGCUUCCUGAGUGCUAAAUAAGACACCUGCAUACCUAUAGUGUGUGGAAACUUACUUUUCUGUGAUUUGUUUGUUUUUAAUGGUGUGACUACAACAUAGGUCUGCUGGGUAAUUUCUGUUUUUGUACAAAACCAUUUUAAAAAAAAAUAAAAUCUUGUAACAGUGUAAA